UCGCUCGCAUUUAUUUUCGUGUUUAUUUGUUUACGAAACCACCUAAGAGAGAAAUUGUCGAGUGAGGCUUAUCGGUCAUGCUCAAAAUCGUUGGAUCGUUGACGACCGUGGGGGGAAAAACGAAACUGUCAAAUAACCGGCUCGAUUUAUCUUGAUCGUUGUCUGGAAGCCCAAUUAAUUCUUCGCGUCAACGUUUCUUGUCAAAAUACAUGUCGAAUGUCGAGACGGGGAGAAAUACACGGACGAGCUUCGUGCGGGGAACGUACACACGCGCGUAUUCGUGUGCAAACAAAAGCCCGCCGUGUGGUUCUCUCUCGCAUUAAUCGUUUUUAUCGGGCGCCGUGAGAAAAGACAAAAGCACGCAGGAAGUCGAGAAGCGCGAGUGGCGUGCUCUCGUACAACUGAAAGUGUAACAACAGCGACGACAAAUUCCAAGAGUAAUCGUAAUGACGUUAAUUGUCACGAGAAUAGGCUCGGUGUCAAGUGCGAGGACAGAGAUGUGAAGUAUAUUCUCGUUGCGAAAAGUUGUUCGAGGCUGUGUGUCGUGUGACGCGUAUCUCGAGAGUUCGUCGACCUCGAAGAGUCAAUUUUCUUCAACUUUGUGUAAUUGCAUCGAAGACGUGCUUCCAUUCCCUUUCGUGCAGAGCCCUCGUCCCAGGGACAUUUCGGAAGUGCCUCGAGUCUGCAUUUCUCGAAUGACCAGAAAGAGCUUUUGCUACGUCAGGAAAUGGGCCUCGCCUCCUUGUCUGUCGGCCCUCCCCUGCCCCGCCGCUCUCUCUCUCUCUCUCUCUCUCUCUCUCUCUCUCUCUCUCUCUCUCUCUCUCUCUCUCUGAGCCUCAGGAAUAUUACAUUAUCAACAAAACACUUGUGAGACUGCGCCACAGUGCCAUAUACUUUGAUCAUACUCCCGAGAAGCCUGGCGAGAGCUCCUCCAAACUAUUUCUCACUGCCAAGGUCUGAACUGACGAUGCAUCAAAUGGAGAGCACUCUUUUCACCUCAAUUAGGCUCUGCGAGAGGUGUAAGGACCUUGAAAACCCUUUCCGAUCGUUAGUGAAUUUUCCUACGUCAAUUCAUCUAUGGUUCGAACACUCGAACGGUACGAGCUCCUCGCGAAAUUACUCGAUUUUCCCAUCACUGAGAACCUUCGAUUAUUUUCAUCGAUGAAAAUGUCGGUGGACGUACAACUAUCUCACGAGUCGAACAGCGAGUCAGUUCGAGCAACGAGCUUUUUGACAGUUCUUCGAACGGUCGUAUCGAUCUCUGAGAAAAUGGACCGAUAAAUAUUUAAAUAAACGUCAUUGUUCGUCACAGUUUUUUACCAUUAAAAAUGCACAAAAAAAUUCAAUUUAUAUAAGUUUCUAUAGUAAAUUGAACGAAAAAUAAACGUGAUGGAGCGUCGAGUCGUUUGUUCAUGAAAAAGGUGACGCGCGAAGCUCUUAUUUACAAAUGACGUAUCGGAAUGUCGACGAUUUCCGGUUCGCGAUUCGCCGAUCGUCCUUUACAAUGAACCGUAACGAUGAGGGACAAGAAAGGAGGGGCGCUCAGUCGAGUGCAAAAACUGAAAAAACGACUGAGCCACAGCUUCGGUAGACUUUCGAUAUCGAAAGAAGAGGCUGACGACGUUACGAACCGAGGACCUUUGCCGUACAAUGGCUAUUCCGAGGAGUUCCUAGACCGUUUGGAACCAAACGGCAAUAUACCUACGGAUAAAGAUCGUCGAUACGAAUGGACAGGUGUCGGGGAUCACGAUAGAGUCCAUCGUCAGCUCUCCGUAUCGAGCGACUCGAAACUCCUCGAUGAAGACAUAAGGGAAGAGGCUCGAGUUAUUUUGCGGCCACGACGUCCUCCACGACCAAAAUCCGAGGUUUUUCUCGGUCCCGAUCCACCACCCCGGAGAACAAAGAGAUUUUCUGCGUUUGGGGGUGACUCGCCGUUCGGUAAAUCCGAGGCUUACAUAAAGCUGGAACAAUUAGGGGAGGGCUCAUACGCCACAGUGUUCAAGGGUUUCAGUCAUUUGACCAAUCAAGUUGUGGCUUUGAAGGAAAUCAGACUCCAAGAGGAAGAGGGAGCACCGUUUACUGCCAUACGCGAAGCCAGUCUUCUUAAGGAACUCAAACACAACAACAUCGUGACGCUUCACGACAUCAUUCACACGCGCGAAACUCUCACGUUUGUGUUUGAGUAUGUUCACACCGAUCUUUCACAGUAUAUGGAAAAGUAUGGCAGCGGCGGUGGUCUUGAUCCACGGAACGUCAAGCUCUUCCUCUUUCAACUUUUACGAGGUCUCGCGUAUUGUCACCGAAGGAGAGUGCUUCACCGUGACGUAAAACCUCAAAAUCUUUUGAUAAGUGAGAUCGGUGAAUUGAAGCUCGCUGAUUUUGGUUUAGCGAGAGCAAAAUCGGUGCCGUCGCAUACGUAUUCACACGAAGUUGUGACACUCUGGUACAGGCCACCGGACGUUCUCCUAGGUUCGACGGAAUAUUCGGGCUCGUUGGAUAUGUGGGGUGUAGGUUGUAUAUUUGUCGAGAUGUUAACCGGCGUUGCGACGUUUCCCGGCGUACGUUGUACGUACGAUCAGCUCGACAAGAUAUUCAAAAUACUCGGAACACCGACCGAGGAAACUUGGUCGGGAGUAACUCAUUUACCGGGUUACAGUCCCCACAGACUAGCAUUUUAUCCAAUACGAAAACUCGGUCUCUCGUUUCCGAGGCUUUACGACGUCGCCGAGGGUGAUAGCAUGGCUUCCUCGUUGCUACAGCUCAAUCCGGAUGAACGGAUAAGCGCCGAAGCGGCACUUCGGCAUCCGUAUUUUGCCUCGUUACCAAGAAAAUUAUACGAACUGCCUGAUGAGGUGUCGAUAUUCAGCGUCGAAGGUUGUCAUCUGUUCACGGAAUCACGACAGACGUAUGCGGACUCUCGUCACUCGACUCUCAAGACAUGAGGUCGGGUUUAAGCGAGAAGAACUUUAUUAAAAAAGGGAGAAGAAAAAGAGUUAGAAAAUAAUGAUGAGGGAAGGAUGAGGACUCGGAGAUGGAGCCUGAGCGCGAAAGCCCUCGCGCGUUCGCUCACACGACGGUAGAGAAAAGGAGAAAAAAAAGUGUGAAAGUGUCGUUAGUAUCGAGCAAACUCGAGGACGACGAGGGAUCGAAAUAAAAAUAAGCGAUCCGGAUUUGCGAAUGCAAAACGCGUGAUCCGGGGCCGCCCACAUUUAAACAAACGAUAAAAAAUAAACGAAGAAAAAGAAAACGAAACGCGUGCGAAAUCGUUAAAAUAAAAAAAAUUCAAAUUACUCUAGCGCAAGAUACGAAUACACCGAGACACACGGGGAGAGACACGAAUACACAGUGAUGGGGAAAAAAAACAAGCACUGAAAGUCACGGAAAACGCACGCUCUCUCUCUCUCUCUCUCGCUAUCUCUCUAUCUCUUUCAGGGCUUCGGCAUACUCUCGUACCAACGCUGAUCCACUUUUAGAUUCCAACAUACAUACGCAGACUCAUAUAUGUAUAUAAAAAUCGUACAUAUAUAUUAAUACACACUGCAUUUUCAUUUAUUUCGACACGCUUUGAUUCUCUGUUCCUUGAGUCUUGUGCUGGUUACAAUUCGUUUGUGCUAAAACGAAGAAAAAAAAUGAUUAUUUUUCUUUCGCAUAAACGAAUAACGUUCGUUAAUUCAUGAAAACUUGUGCACACACAUACACAUAUUUAAAGUCGGAUAGAGAUGAACCCGGAAACGUUGAAGAGUAAAAGAAACAAGAGGAGAACGGAGUCAAACUCACGUACACACACACACACACACACACAUCCACACACAAAUCCACAUAGACACGAAUUUUCGAGUGAUAACGCACGCUGAAUUUUUAGGAAGCAAAAAUGAUAAAAAAUUAUAUUUAAACGAAAAAAAAAAGCAAAAAAUGCACGUACAACCCAUCCUCGCACUUCGUCCAAAUAUUAGCUUUAGACUGAUUUCAAUCAAAAAUAUGAGAGAAUAAAUUGAAAGAUGAAAAUGAAGUAAUGAGGAAAAAUUCAGGUACAAGACACACGAAGCGUUGUCUUUGACGCUCAUCGUUGUUCUGAAACUAAUACGGACCACUUCUCGAUAAACAGCCAAACCGAAUAAGAACUACGAGGUUCUUACGUAGCGAGAAACCAAAUUAGAAAACGUAAAUCUUUACGUAAGAUCAAUAAAAUCAAAUCGGCAAAAGUAUAAGAAAAAAACGAAAGCCCGAAGCAUGGAAGACUUGUAGCGUCUCUGCGAAAUUCAGGAUUAUUAAUUUUUUAAGUUUCCUUGUAAUGUCCUCGUUCGUCCUUUAUUGAACGCUAACGCAAUACCGCUCACGUCAUAUCUCUUUUAUCUUGAGUGUCACGCAUAAAAUAAACACAUACAAACAAACAAAAUCUUAUUCGAAUUACAUUAGUUGAUAAGCGAUAACGGUGAUCAUAGCGAAUAAUUAUAGCGAAAUAAAUAAGUUUUUGUGAUGUGACGCUCGAGAGAUAUUGGCUGUGUUUUUUGUCGUUUUACAAAGCCGCAAAGACGAAAGAGGACAACGAUUUACAAAUGGAGUCAUUCACGCAACUCAAUCGUACCAAAUUUCCAUAAAUUUUCAACCCGACAGCACUCCCGCUACUCGAGCCUUAAACUAUGGUCGGGCAAUGAGAAAUUUGCUUUGAUUUAUCAUUCUAAUAUUUUAUCUAAUAAGUGACAAACAAAUUGUGAAUAUUGCCGUAAAGAAUUGUGAAAUCUUUGAGACGUGGAGUGUGAGAAUACGUUUCAUGAGCGGCUGCCGACAGGUAGAAAGAACUUUUGCAGUAUUCAAAACACUUGCGAAAAAUAUAAAAAUAUAUAUUUAUUAGUCUCAUGUACGAGAUGUGAAAAUAGAACGAUCGGUACACAUCUUGCAAUAAAAUAAAUAGAUAUGCUGUCUUGAGUGAGUUUUAUAAUACACGCUAAUUUACGAAGACCUCAACAAAAUUACGAGGCAUAACGGCUCAAGUAAAGUAAGAAAAAAUCGAAUUUCGUACGAUAGUUCGACAAUCGAAGACUUUAAGGUGAUCUAUCAGUUGCGCGGGUUCGAGAGAGAUAGCUGAAAAGUGGUUACAUCGUUUACGCCUACAUUCUUGAUUUUUCGAGAAAAAUAAAAGUUACAACUUGUUCUCUGAUAAAAUGAGAACAGCGUAAAACUCAUAUUUUUUCCAAACAUCGAGCUACUAGGAAAAAACCAGUAAAAGCGCUAGUAGAACAACUGACAGAUCACCUUAACCAACACUUUUGUGGUAAAAUAACUAUUAUUCUUUACACCUCGGUCGAACGUACGUACUUUUGGCACCGAUUUCAGCGCUAAAAGUAUAACAUUUCUCCACUGUCAAAACUGCACCCCCAUUAUUUCUCUCAGCGGGAGCAAACAUUUUUUUCUGCAUUCCGCAAGGUUUGACGUAAUUAUUUUUUUGACUUUUGACGUUUGAAUCGAUAUUGCCUAUACAUUUUUUGAAUGGCUGUGUCUAGUCAUCCGGAAACCGUACGAAUAAGGUUGUGUUAUUCAUUCGGAAAUAUUUUAUGGAAAUGUCAUAUUAUUUCCAAGCACUAUGAUCAAAACAGCACUAUACUGCUACAAAUCCGAAUGAAUAACAUACGUUUAUCCUUACAGAUGAAAUCAAUGCGAAGGCCAAAAAUAAAGUGACCGAUCUGAUGAAAUGAAUAUAGUCGUUCGGAAUAAUGAUCUAUUUUCAGGUUCAUAGGAAUUCAUAUAAAUUAUCUUUGCUAAUCUUGUUUUUUUGAGCAAAUGUCGGGACAGGCAUCAAAACAUCUUCUAUCGAUAGAUGCAUGUUUCGGAAGAAACGUACUUUCGAUCGGCUGUAAAGAAAAAUAGUAUACACUGCAAGGGCAGACGUUUCAUAGCCAUGAACUGCGCGUCAAACUUUCUGCCCUUGCAGUGUAAUAUACUAUUUUUUUGCACGGGAUCGUAAAAUGUGCUAAUAUUUGUAAGAUUUCUAGUUUUUCGUACUUACUCUUUCUAUCACUUUGCUUUUGAAUCCUUUGAUGUGUGCUCUUCGAUCAAUUUUUCCUAGCGCACGAUUACGUUGAAUUUACACGAAGAUUCAUACGAACCACAAAACCUGUGACCGAUAUGUUUGACUGAUUUCACUCAAAUUACGCCACCAUAAAUUGAGAAAAAACACUCGGCAAUGCAGCUCAGCGAGGAGCGUGUCAGUCGGUCCGUGACUAAACGGUCACCCAUUAACUAGCGUCGCUUGAAAACGUGUUUUUCUUAAAGAACGUCGCCUCCGAAUGUUUUAUUUGUGUAAUUUAAAGAGAUUUGUAACGCUUCGAAAAACACUGCAAGUUUUUCGACGUGAAUCCAUCGAUGAGUUAUCGUCGAAUGCUCCAUAUGUAUGACGAAAAAAAAAAACAAUUAGAAAAAUAGCGAGGGAAAUGAUGAUUAAAAUUGAAUCGAUAACCUUCGGAAAAAUUAAAUAACCGACGGAGUUAGCAUAGUUUUUAAGGGAUUCGUUAACAAUUUAGAAAAGUCUUCAGGCGUCUAGCGUGAUCGCCCGAAGCAUAAUAGUAUCAAUGGUAAAUAAGUAGUUGAAACAAGAAAAAGAAAGAUCAUCGUAACCGAUGGAACUACUAAUCUUAGAACAAUUUUUUCUGCCACAUUCUUUGCCGGAAAUUAAAUCCAGCGUUCGAUAACCAAAUGAGAAAAUUUUUAAAUAAACACAUUAAACGACUAAGUAAAAAUAAAAGUAGUUUCAACAUUGAAGAAAGGAAAAAAGAGAGAAACAAAAGAAACACGAAUAAAUACAAAAAACUUAAUCAAGGAAAGCGGACACAUCGAUGUAGUUUCAGGAAAAUAGUAGGCCCGAUCGGUUGGCAAAAGUGGUAGAGUAGAGUCGGAGGAUUUUUCUCCCAAUUUACACAAGAAAAAACAAAAUAAACGUGAAAGAAUUUAAACAUUAACAAAAAAAAUUGUAAUAUCAAUUCGACGAGACUGCGCGUACGAUAAUUAAUUAAUCGUACUUUUAUUCGAUUUAGAAGUGGCGCGUAAUAUACGUAGAAAGAAAGAAAAAAAUAAAAGCGAACGAGCGUUACAGGUCUUCCAGAACAAGAGCAAAAAACAAUGAGUGAAACAAGUAGAGGAGUCCAAAAAAAAUUGACGAUUACGAUUUGACGUUAUUAAUUAACGAUUCCCUCCCCCUUUGCCCCCCCCCCCCCCCCCCUCGACCCCCCGCCCCUCAAGUAGGUUAUAUUUAUACCGAUUUUUCAGCACACUUAAUAAAUAAAUAAAUAGAAAGGAAAAAACUAAAUAAAUUUAAAUGUAUCAAGAGAAACGACACAGAAAUGCGAAGCAAUGUUUCAUGAGGAUCACGAAAAUAAGAUCUUGCGAGGGAAGGACAAUUUUUGUUCCAUUACGCAACGUACGGUUCUUUGAAAGAGAAAAAAAACAACAAGUUUUUCGAACGAUCGAUCAAACGAUACAAAUGCAGUAUAGGUCGAAGAAUAAAUACACUAAAAAGACGAAUGUAUGCGAACUGUAUUUGUUUCCUUAGUUGAAACAUUAAUUUGGAGAGUGGACGAUGGGAUUAUGUAUAUAGAACACCAUGAUUCAUAUUAUGAAUGGCGCUGAUAAAGCUGAGACGAGAGUAAUAAAUGUGUCUUUGUAAUAAAUUAAAAGAGAUGAAAAAAAAAGAAAAGAAAAAAAAUACGAAAUAAGGAAACGAAAAAGAAAAAUGCUAAAAGUGAGAAAAAAUGUGUUUGAUGUUGUGGAGAAUCAAUGGUAACGAGCAAAGAGAAGCAAAAUAUCCACUAUCAUUUGUUUUCUUUUUUAUUUUUUAACGAGCUCAUGAUUGUCAAUUUUUUAAUUUCAUUUGUUUUGAUAGAUUUAAAGAUAUCUAAGUUUAGAAUUAAAUGCCGAGACUGUAACUCGUAUUAUUUUUACACACUGACAUUAUUUUUGUUAUGCCGACCCCGUGCAGCCCCCCUCCCCCCUUGUUCUCUGCAAGUGACAUAAAUAAGUAUAAAUAUUUACGACCAUAACGUGGGCUGCAGGACGUCGCUGUUUCGUUUUCUCUUAUCUCGCCCUAAUAUCUCCCUUUUUCAUUAUUAGAGCGUCAACCUUUUUCUCUCUUUCCUCCUUUUUUUUUUAUACUGCGCCCUCAAUUCCAAUGUAAUUAGUAAUUAGGCAUUAUAUAUUUUGUUUGUACGUUUUUUUCUAUGGUCUUGUAACAUCCGAGCCACGAGUAUAUGUUGUGUACGACGGAGAAACGAUAAACGAUUUGGAGUUUCGAAA